GGCGGAAGUGCGUCAGCGCUGGGUGCCGGGCCUGCGCGUGUUUUGGUUCUGCAGGUGAGGAAGAUCUGAAGACCCGCAGCGCGCGCACUGACACAACUGCUCAUCUUCACCCGCACACCGACCCCGCACGCGGCAAAGCUGGCCCCGCCCGUGCCCGCCAUCAUGCCCGCGCUGCUGGAGAGGCCGAAGCUGUCGAACGCGAUGGCACGAGCCUUACAUAAACACAUCAUGAGGGAGAGAGAGCGCAAGAGACAGGAGGAGGAGGAGGUGGAUAAGAUGAUGGAGCAGAAGCUGAAGGAGGAGGAGGAGAGGAAGAGGAAGAAGGAGAUGGAGGAGAGGAUGUCUCUGGAGGAAACUAAGGAGCAGAUAAUGAAGAUGGGGGAGAAGCUUCAGGGUCUUCAGGAGGAGAAGCAUCAGCUGUUCCUGCAGUUGAAGAAGGUUCUACAUGAGGAGGAGAAACGCCGGAGGAAAGAACAGAGUGAUAUGACCACUCUGACCUCCGCCGCCUACCAGCCCAACAUGACCAUCCACUCCAGCCAGCACCUCCUCAGCAUGCAGGCGAGUGCGGUGAGUCACGGUCGGCCGGCGGCGCUGCUGGGAGAACGCAAUAAACAGCUGUUCCAACCUCCAGUUAUUUCAGGUCGUCAUUAUCAGUCUCAGCCGGGGUUCGGUGCUCCCGGGUCGGAUCACGGUCAGUUCUCCGGAGCUCAGCCGGGUCACGGACCGUACGGCGUCACCCAGCCCCAGCACGCCUCACCCUUCACCAGCCAACCCGUACCCGUCAGCUACACCAGCAGCGCCCAGAUCAGAGGAGCUUCAGCGUUCCCGGCCAUGCAGUACCUGCCCCACCAGCAGCAGGGCUACGCUGUGCACAGCCACUUCACCUCACAGCCAGGUUUUUUACCCAGCGCUAGCAUUCCUCUGCAGAAACAGCUGGAGCAUGCUAACCAGCAGAGCGGCUUCACCGACUCCAGCACUUUGAGGCCUAUGCAUCCUCAGGCUCUUCAUGCUAAUGCAGCUGGGUUGCUGCCAACUCCUCCCAUCGCUGUUCAGAUCCCUUCUGCCAAGACUGGCUUGCCAUACGCCCACCCACCCAGACCCGCCUCCCCAGGGGCGUUCACCCACACGGCCCCCCCACAGCCAGCCCACGCGGCCACAUUUCAGAGCUCCUCCCAGCCACCCCCACGCCACGCCUACCUCUCCCACAGCCAAUCAGGACAGAGGUUCUAUCACCAUGGCAAAUAGCUGACCUGGCAGGUGCACUAUAAUGGGGAAGGGGCGGAGCUUGUGGCGUUUACGUUGGAUUUGAUUCACUCCUGCUUGAGCACGAUACUACCACACACACUUAUAGUAACACACACACACACACAAACAUUAACACACACUUAUACACACAUACUCAUACACACAGUAAUGCUUUUAGAGUAUAGAAUAUCUAUAACGACUAUACGACUAUAAUCACCGCAUGAACUCG